UCGCUGAACAUCAAACCAGCGACAUGAGGCUAUUGAGAUCUUCCUUCAUCCUGGCCGUGGCUAUAAGCCUGGCCACGGCAGAGGACAAGGCGGAAAAAGACACCAAGGCUGAACCUGCACCAGUCGAAGAAAACAAGAAACAGGAUAAGAGAGGACUCUCUGAGUACUACGGCGAUCACGGUGGCUUCGGGGGCGGAGGAUACGGUGGAAGCAGCAGUGGUGGAGACUAUGGCGGAUAUGAAGGAGGCUUAAAUGAAGGCUACGGCCAUGAGCACCAUGAGAAAACCAUCACUGUAAUCAAGAAAGUGCCAGUCCCGUAUCCAGUGGAGAAGCACAUUCCAGUACCAGUGGAGAAGCGCAUCCCAUACCCAGUGAAAGUGCACAUACCACAACCGUACCCAGUCGUGAAAACCGUCCACUUCCCAGUGAAGGAAACCAUCAAAGUGCCAGAGUACAUCCCCCAACCGUACCCAGUGACCAAACACGUACCUGUACCAGUCAAAGUGCAUAUCGACAGACCCUACCCAGUCAAGGUUUACGAAAAAGUCCCCUACCCAGUGGAGAAGCAUAUCCAUGUGCCAGUUGAAGUGCACGUGCCCCACCCAUACCCAGUAGAAAAAGAAGUACAUUUCCCAGUAAAGGUUCCAGUCAAAGUGCACGUGCCUUACCCCGUUGAGAAGAUCGUCCAUUACCCAGUCAAAGUACCAGUGGAUCACCCAAGGCCCGUUCAUAUUGAGAAGCCAGUCCCCGUACACGUCGAUAAGCCAGUGCCGUACCCAGUGGAGAAACCAGUCCCCUACCCCGUGAAGGUGCACGUUGAUAACCCAGUGCCAGUCCACGUUGACAAACCUGUGCCAGUUCCCGUCAAGGUACCAGUACCAGCGCCUUACCCCGUAGAGAAAGUUAUUCCAUACCCAGUGGAGAAGAACGUUCCUAUUCCCGUGCAUAUCCCAGUAGACAGGCCUUACCCUGUGCACAUUGAGAAGCACAUACCUUACAAGGUUGAGAAACACGUGCCUUACACAGUCAAAGUCCCAGUUCCUAUUGUCCACCAUGAGGAGCACGGUCACGGCAGUGAGGGUUCAGAUGGAGGUUAUGGAGGUAGCAGCUACGGAGGAAGCAGCUACGGGGGAAGCAGCUAUGGAGGAAGCAGCUAUGGCGGAGGUUUCGAAGGAGGUUACGGCGGAGGUCACUCGGAAGGCUCCGAAGACGGCAGCGACUAUCAUCACUAAGGACUGAUCUCUUUGUUUUUCUUUUGUAGAUAGCUUUAAAUGUUGAUUUGU